AGAGGUACCUUCUUGAUUUAUUGACUCGAUAUAAAAUGCUGGAUAUGGUUGCUUUUGUUGACCCUUCAAUGAUCGGUGCAAUCCGGUACGGGGAUGGUCAUGCCCAGUCCCAGCAUAUCAAGGAUAGGCUUUUAACGGCAAAACCAAACCAGAUUUUCUUGCUGCCUUAUAACGCAGAUAAUCAUUGGAUGCUUACUGUUGUGAAUCCGGAGGAAAACACUGUCUAUUUCAUGGAUCCGUUGAAGAGGCGGUUACCCACUGGAGAAUGGAGAUCAAUUGUUGAUACUGCCAUUGCUAUGUAUAAUGCACACAGAGGUAAGAAAGGCAGGAGUUCAGUUUUGUGGAAGAAUUUAGCGGGUAUUCCUCCCCAACCUAGCUCUACGGAGUGUGGCUACUUCGUGAUGAGAUACAUGCGAGAUAUAAUUGAAGAUAAGGAUCUAUCGUUUGUUCGUAAGUGGGAGAGGAGAAGCAACUACAUGUAUAGCCAAGAGGACAUUGAUGUAAUCCGGAAUGAGUGGGCAAAAUUUGUCGUCAAGUCAUAUAUGUAGGAGCCAUCAAGUAAUUGGUUGAAGGAGAUCGAGGGCAGUUUGUUCAGUUAUAUAUAUAUGCUGAUACAUAUAUUCACAUGCAGCAUAUGUGCAUGUUUUUGGAACUUACAUGUUGUAUCAGCUUUUGCUUUCUUUCAAUGUAAUUAGCUUUUGCUUUCUUUCAAUGUAAUUAGCUACAAUGCCUUCUGUGGUUUUAUGGAAUGGAUGGAUAUAUAUAUAUAUAUAUAUAUUAUAUAUAUAUAUAUAUAUGAAUGCUACCUCUUUUGGUACAUUAGAUUGUUGAAUUAGAGUAUUUGAAUGCCUAAAUCUUAUAUAUUGUGCAUUAUUUUUGUGGAAAUAUUUCAGGUAAAGAAUUGAAAAUAAUCAGACAACAGUCAAUUACAUUACGUUGUAUGAAUACGUAUAUAGCGUUAAUCACACAACAAAUCAAUUUUAAUCACACAACGGUACCAACCAAAUUUUGUUGUCUCAUUAAAACUCACACAACAGAACGAAUACAUAUCUGUUGUCCAAUUAAAACUCACACAACAGAACGAAUACAUAUCCGUUGUCCAAUGUUAAAUCACAUAACGGUAUAGAAAUAAGAUGUUGUAUGACUUGUGAAGAAUUCAACAGUGAGCCUCACACAUACAACAAUUACUUAUGAUACCUGUUGUGUGAAGGAACAACCAACAACAGUCGCCAUAUUUUUCUGUUGUGU